AGGGGGUGUUGUUGGACGUUUUCAUGACAUUACUUGACUUUUAUAAUAACUUUCUGAAGUAAUACCAGGCUACGUGAGACGUUUAUUUUUGUUAACUUAAUUACGAUAUUUAAAUAGAUGUUUGAUUGCUCUGGUCCAGGGGCGCAUAACUUGCAGCCUUGAGAAUCGAAUUUUCUCUUUGAAACUCCUUAGUCGUUAUCUGAACACUACAACAAAGUAGUCUAACUGUACUGUAGCCUACAACAUUUCAUAUCAUACAAAGAAUCAAUAGCUUCCACGAUGGAUCGGGACAAAGCUAUUCCGUUCCCCUCCACCUUCCUGGUGUCCCCAGGUCAAACGUCUCCCAGGACCGCUUUACUGCUGGGUCUGGUUGAUUGCAGGAAAACACCGGGACAGAAUGGAACUGAGAGAGGAGAAGAAGAACAUGGAGAUAUGACAUCAUUAAGUGACAUCUCUUAUCGUUGCUCUCUCAGUGAGAGGGGCUUAUCAUCUGGGGAGCCUCAACAUCAUGAUGCUGACAAGAAAGAGAAGAGUCUCUCCAGACCAGAACACCUCAAGAAGCACCAGCAUAGAGGUAUAGGGAAGAAACCUCACCACUGCUGCUCUGACUGUGGGAAGAGUUUUGCUAAACAGAAGGAUUUGAUAAUUCACAAACGGAGUCACACCGGAGAGAAACCGUACCACUGCUCUCAGGUUGGGAAGAGUUUCGCUGCAUCUAAAACCUUAAAAUCUCAUCAGAUAAUUCAUACAGGGGAGAGCCCUUAUCCCUGCUUUGAUUGUGGGAAAUACUUCAAUGAAUUAGGAGCCCAGACUACACACCAAUGCAUACACAAUCGAGAGAAGUCUUAUAGCUGUGAUCAAUGUGGGAUGCGCUUCAGGAAAUCAGACCACCUGACUACACACCAACGCAUACACACGGGAGAGAAACCUUAUAGCUGUGAUCAGUGUGGGAAGCGCUUCAGUCAUUCAGGAGGCCUGACUAAACACCAACGCAUACACACAGGAGAGAAACCUUAUAGCUGUGAUCAGUGUGGGAAGAGCUUCAAUCAGUCAGGAGACAUGACUACACACCAACGCAUACACACAGGAGAGAAACCUUAUAGCUGUGAUCAGUGUGGGAAGAGCUUCAAUCAAUCAGUACACCUGAUUAGACACCAACGAAUACACACAGGAGAGAAGCCUUAUAGCUGUGAUCAGUGUGGAAAGAGUUUUGCUCUAGAUUUCAAUCUGACAACACACCAGCGAAUACACACUGGAGAGAAACCUUACUCCUGUCUAUGUGGAAAGAGCUUUGCUCAUUCAGCAUCACUGAAAAACCACCAGAAAGCACAAACAUGUCGUCUUUCAUCUCCCUCCUCUCCGGCACCGGUUCUAGAUCCCUAAAUAAAGUUUACAUAGAAAACAUCUUGUAAACAGUCAUCCAUCUCCCAUUCUCUAACAGUUUACUAAGUCUGAUUACCAUGGUAACAUGUAUAGUAUAAUAUGCAGCUCUGGAUCCAUAUGUAUCAAGUGUGUUGGAGUAGGAGUGCUGAUCUAGGAUCAGGUCCCCUGUCCAUGUAUUCUCAUUUUGAUCUAAAUGGCUUAAUGUCAUCAUGGACAAUGAACCGUUUGUGUGUAGAGGGGGAUGUUGAGGUGGGUUGGGGUGUUCAGAGGUGUAUCUUAUUUAA